GAGUGUCAAAGUCGGGAAACCUAUUUUCUCUUUAGCCUUUAUGUGAAACGGUCGGUCUAUCUUUACGCGGCGUAUACCUUUGCAAAAUUGACAAGUAUCUGAAAAAAAUGGCAGUGCCAACAAUCCCGUGCACGUACGAAUUUUCCAAAGGCCACGGCACCGGCGUGGCGGAGGCGCUUGGAAAUUGGGGCUUCUCUAACAGAGUGUGCAAUGCCGGCGACGAGCUGCGACGUCUGAAGUGUCUCUUUGCGGAGAUGGAUUCCUUACGCGGCAAUGACAAAUCGGCAAUGUGCGUUAAGUACGACCGCAGAUACGAUCCCGAGGCAUGGCACGUUAGACCCAGUCCCGACGAGUGUAAGCCGGCGUGGACGUUCCCCGUAAACAGACCCCUCAUCACUUAUUGCUCGACCGCGACGAUCAUGAAGCUUGCAAGUCCAAGUCUCGUCGAGUUGGCGGACGAUAUACCUGGUCGCAGUUAUGUCCAGCAGAGCACGUCCAAGUGGUACCGCCGAGGUGCAGACUGUUGUCAGCAACCCAGCUGUUUAGCCCCGCAAUGUCCCGUGCAGUACUGUCGUAAAGGCUAACUUGUAAAUUUUAGACACGGUAUUUCUCCUUGAAUAUUCCGAAAUGUCACGAUACACAUCUACGUCAGAUAAAUCGAUACGUGUAGAAAAAAGGGAAUAGACGAUAGAGGGGAGGAAAUGAUGAAUUGACAAACAACGACAUCCGAGAGCAGAGAGCAGUGAGGUUGUUCAAUUUAUUUCUCAAACGUCUUUACAAACACACACAGUGUCGUCCGAGUCUUUUGCGCAUUGCGUGAGAACAAUUAUACAAUUAUCGUAUUAUCGGUGGAGCGAGUAACUUCAACCUGACUGAUACUGCGAGGUUUUUCAACGUUUGCGCGUGACCGAUGGAGAAGAUCUCUAGCUGCUAGCGUUUACAACAAUUUACAUUAAUCCGAAUUCCUUACGUGGAGAAACUGAUUUAUUUGCUAAAGUAGUAGCGGUUCACGAAAUCCUCGACAAGGAGCUCGCACAUAAGAAAAAAGCUUUCCCUCGAACUUUUUACGUUUUACGCGAGAGGAUGCGAAACCGAAGAAGCGAGGGUGUGAAUCGUGUCGGGAUAUAAUUAUACACGAGAUAUGAAGAUUGCGGGAGAAUGAGACGUACGAAUUCACGCGAGUCAAUAUAAUAACGUAUACGCUUACAUACGCGAGUUAUGAAAAAUAUACUUGUACGAUACCCUAAGCAAGUAAAAUAUUAUAUCAUGUACACAUCGUAAUUAUAAUUGUAAUCGUAAGUAUAUAAAUUAUAAGACUAGAUAGAGGAUAUCG